AUGAUUCAACCGACGAGAACCAAUGUUUUGCUGGUAGGCAGUGGUGGUGUGGGCACGAUGGCCGCAUACGCGCUUGAAACUGGCUGCCAGGCCGAGGUGACAGCUGUACUGAGAUCGAACUACGAAGCUGUUCAGAAGGCCGGGUUCUUCAUUGAUUCCAUUGAACACGGAGACGGGAUCGGGCCUUGGAAGCCCACGAAAUGUAAGCCCCAUGUUCAAAGAGACUCUGCAAACGAUCGAAAGAAAUCGCUGAACGGAUUAAAUCAAGUGUGCAACAAAGUUCCGAACGUCGCAGAAGAAGGGAUAAAACCUUUCGAUUUCAUUGUCGUCACUACCAAAAACAUUGCCGACGUGAAACCCACGGUCGAGGAAAUCAUUGAGCCGGCCGUAACUCCUGGCCACACGACCAUUGCGCUCGUCCAGAAUGGACUCAAUAUCGAAAAGCCUCUGAUUGAAAAAUAUCCAGAAAACGUUGUCCUGUCUGGAGUUAGCUUGAUUGGCGCCACAGAGACCGCGCCUGGCAAAAUUCGUCAUGACGACAACGAUGUUCUGAAAAUUGGACCGUACGACUCCCCCAAGAUCCCCAAGGAAGUCCGUGAAGCAGCGGCCAAAAAGUUUUGUGAAAUCUACAAUGCCUGUGGCAAGGUCGACUGUCAAUUCGACGAUAAUGUCCUGUACACUCGGUGGCGGAAGCUCGUGUACAAUGCCUCGUUCAAUUCGGUCGCAACGGUUCUGCGAUUGGAUACCACGAGGAUGAGAAUUUCGGAACAUAUCAUCGAUAAUUUAAUUCGGCCGGCAAUGCUGGAGAUCAAAGCUGCUGCGAAGGCUGUGGGUGUGGAGCUUCCGGCGGAUAUUGCUGAGGUCAUGAUUAGGGUGGACCCGAAAGACACUUACUUCAAGCCGAGCAUGUGUCAGGACAUUGAGAAGGGAAAUUACAUUGAAUUCGAGAACAUCGUGGGUGAACCGAUCAGGGAAGCUGAGAAGCUUGGUGUUCCGACGCCAACGUUGAAGAUCAUCUAUGGGUUUCUGAAGGGACUACAGUGGAAAACGAUGGAAGCAAAGGGGCUGGUGGUGCCCAAAUGGAGUGAAAAUAGUUUAUAUGGUUGA